GCACACACACACACACACACACACACACACACACUAUGCUGCACUUUUCACAUUUCACAGUUCCUUUGGAAGCAUCACAAACUCCUUGAGGACAUUUCGGCCCUUCUCUCUUCCACGUGACUUAUUAUGGACUUUUAAAACUGAUAUCUUGGAAAUAACCUCAGUGAGCAACUCGUAGAGAUGGAAGGGCUCUGACUUGCACCAGCCUGGGGUUACAUUAUGGUUCUGGGCCAAGCUGUCAACAUGAGUUUGAUGGACAUUUCGAAGAUUUUUUCCAUGCUGCAGCCUAAGGAGGAGGAUGAGGACAACGAACAGUGUCAGGCCCUGAACAAUGCCGUGAGCAGUGACAAUGUGACUUUGCUCUCUGAGCUCCUGUCUCAGGAGAGCUACAGGAGGUCUAUCAAUGCUCGAAGCGGAUGGGGGGUCCCAGUAACCCCCUUGCGCACUGCUGCUGCUCUGGGACACCUGAGGUGCUUGGAGUUGUUGUUGGAGCACGGUGCAGAGAUUGACAGCUUGGAUGUGAAGGCCCAGACGCCUCUGUUCACAGCUGUUAGCGGGAAACAUCUGGACUGCGUGGUUGCUCUGCUGAAGGCCGGUGCCGAUCCUAAUGGCAGCCAGUACAACAACUGCUCCCCGGUACUGACUGCAGCCCGGGAGGGGGAUGUAGAUGUGCUGCGAGAGCUGUUGCGCUUCGGAGCCGAGGUGGACGUCAGGCCCAAAGUCCCAGAGUGGGCCUCCAAUGCCACAGCCUGCAGAGGGCCCCUCUAUAUCUCAGCUGUUUACGGACACUUGGACUGCUUCAAACUGCUCCUUCUCCACGGGGCCAACCCCAACUACAAUUGCACAGACGAGAAGAUGCUGGCCAGGAUAAAGCAACCGAAGACAGUCCUUGAGGUGUGUCUGCGUUAUGGCUGUGGGGUGGAGUACAUCCAGCUUCUCAUAGACUUUGGGGCGGACGUGUAUCUGCCUACACUGAUCAUUGACAAGACUACAAAGCAGAAUGAGGCUCUGGUUCUGCUGCUCAAAGAGAGAGUUUGCCCCAAAACACUGAUGUCGCAGACUCGGCUGGUAAUUCGAAGAUACCUCUUCUUUGCCGAUAAAGCGCCUGCCAUUGAUAGUUUGGACGUUCCUCUGAUCCUGAGGAACUACCUGAAGCACGACACCUCUGAACUCAUGUGAUGCUCAUCUUAGCAUCAGAAUAUAUGGCCAGUGACUUUUUUUUUUUUUACCUCAUUGCUUUACACUCAUGACUGGAAUAUUAAUCUCUGGCUUUUUCCGAAAGUAGGGCAACAUAACAAACACUCACACGAGGAUCACUGUGCUGUCCCACUGCUAUAAAGUCUUGUUUUUAUUAUUUAUACAUAAAGAUUGAAGUUUGUGACUAUGAAUAGAUGUAUUUAUUAAAUAGCUUAAAGGGACAGUUCACCCCAGAAUUGAAAAAUACAGAUUUUUCCUCUUAUCUGUGGUGCUAUUUAUCAAUCUACAUUGUUUUGUGUUGGAUAUAUUGGCCAGAGAGAUAUGCCAUCUACCUCCAUAAUACUGGAGAGAAGGCAGACAUCUCUAUGGCCAAUACUAUCAACACCCAGCAACUCACACCAAAACAAUCAGGACUGAUAAAAAGCACUACAGGUAAGAGAAAAAAUAUAUAGUUUUGAUUUUGGGGUGAACUGUCCCUUUAUGUUUAAAAGCAUAUUUCAGGUUGUAUUGAAGCUUCUUUGUCACACACAGGACUCAUGAAGGGCUCCAUGUUGGAAACUCUGUCAUGUCCUUGGGAAGUGUAACACCAUGACUGACCACUAGAGACCACAGUAACACUGCUUAUUGCGCUUGUCCAAAUUUGAUGCCUCUCAUUUGUAGUUUUGAACAUAUGUUAAUGCCUCUUUGCAGCACCCUUAGUUCUGUCCUUCUCACAAGUAACAUUACAUAAUCACACAUAGUCUCACUUUAUUCAUUUAGACGUCAAGACACA